GACGAUCAAAGCCAAGUGAUUGUCCAGGCCAUCAAUGUAAGUCUCAUAAGGAAAUUAUGGUGUUUUUAAGGAAGUGGUACUCUGUAGGAUUUUGCAUAUUCAUGAAGCCAAAGUGCCUGAAAUGUUUUCUGCUCCUCUAUUUUUGAAGGAUGAUCUUCCAUCAAAUAGCCCUCAAAUGUAUUCUCCCAUGAGUCCCUUUGAAUCAGAUUUGCCUAUUUCUGUCAUUCCAAGCACAUUGUUUACUCCUCAGCCUGACCAAGGCAAAGACUUCUCUUCAGUAGAUCUUAGCUUCCUGCCAGAUGAUUUUGGACUAGAUGACAAACAUGAGAGCAGCAACAACAACAUGCUGGAAGACUAUCAAGGCCCGCAGCUGGGAAUACAAGACAGUGGAAUCUUCUCAGAGGACAAUGGGAGGUCGCAACAGAGGGAUGAAAAUGCAAUUCAGCCAUCGUCUGAUUUUUCUGGGACAUGUUCCUCCAUGGCCCCCAUAACCCCCAUGACUCCUGUGACCCCUACUCCAGAAGCUUCUGGCAUUGUCCCACAGUUACAGAAUAUAGUAGCCACUGUAAAUUUGGCUUGCAAAUUGGACCUAAAGAAUAUAGCCCUUCAGGCCAGAAAUGCAGAAUAUAAUCCGAAGAGAUUUGCUGCUGUAAUUAUGAGAAUUAGAGAACCAAGAACAACUGCCCUUAUAUUUAGUUCUGGUAAAAUGGUGUGCACAGGAGCCAAAAGUGAAGAUCAGUCACGACUGGCAGCCAGAAAAUAUGCUCGCGUGGUACAGAAGCUCGGUUUUCCUGCAAAAUUCCUGGAUUUCAAAAUACAGAACAUGGUGGGCAGCUGUGAUGUGAGAUUUCCCAUCCGCUUAGAAGGAUUAGUUCUAACUCAUCAACAGUUCAGCAGUUAUGAACCAGAGCUGUUUCCUGGGCUUAUCUACAGAAUGGUCAAACCAAGAAUUGUACUGCUUAUUUUUGUGUCUGGAAAAGUUGUUUUAACUGGUGCCAAAGACCGUUCUGAAAUAUAUGAAGCAUUUGAAAAUAUAUAUCCAAUUUUAAAAGGUUUCAAGAAAGUCACUUAG